AGGCCGAUUUGACUACCGAACACAAUUUCCUCAGCCCGGCAGGAGUAUUCGCGCAGAAACGAUAGAAGCGGUGCGCAAUCAACUAGGAGGAUUCCGAUUGCAUCAAAAAUCAACUACCACCAGCUUCAAUGACGUGGCAUCGCCCGAGCCUUGCAGAGGCCUUCGCCAUCACAGCUGUACCUGUGGCACAAGACACCAACAGCGAGAGAUUCAUCAGCCACUAUCCGCCAUGGAAACUAGGAACUGAACUUCCAAUACCGCCACCAGCAUUCGGUGCGUUCGGAGGUACUGUUUAUGGACAGGCAGCGCUGGCAGCCGCUCGGGCCCAUGAAAAGAGGGUAUCCAUUGAGAGUGACAAGGACGCGCGCAUGGGCAUAUUUUCUAUCCAAGGAGUCUUCACACGGCCGGCAAUCCAAGACCGCCCAUUUGUCCACGAUGUGACUCCUAUACAAAAUGGCCGAUCGUUUGCCGCGUAUUUAACCUCAACUCGACAAUCGACACAACCAUCCAGCAUACCAAAAGGCCCUUUCUCAGUUUCUGAUGCGAACCUUCCUUUGAACGAGCCUUGUUUCACUUGUAUAACAACUAUGGGUCGACCACGAGAGUCCCAAGUUUCAUUUCAGCAGCCAGUAUCAGCGCAACAAAUGUAUCACAGCAUACUCUCCCAAAGAGCUCCUGAUCAGUGGGACUCAUGCCCACAGCUAGACUUGGAGCCUACUGUCCAAUUAUUUCCCAACGCUGGUCACGGCGCAUUUCCUAUCUUGGACAUGUACAAAGUUGAUAUGACGGAAUUCAACAAAGAUAAACCCUAUACUGACAGACGAGAACUGCUCUUCUAUCGUCCACAUAAGCCGAUUGCGCAAGAUGAUCCAAAUGCGCAUAUUACUGCACACGCAUACGCAUCUGAUAGAAACGGUCUAUUAAUGCUUGCAAAUCAUGUUGGAUUUGCACGGUCGUUUAAAAAAGCAGCGACUCUCUCUUAUUCAUUCUAUGUUCACUCGAAUGCCAGCGAAGCAGUAAUGGAUGAUAAAGGGUGGUGGCUCUUGGAAUUCAGAUGGACACGAGCUGACGCUGAACGGUGCAUCAUGGAGACUAAAAUAUGGAGUCCCGAUGGUAAACACAUAGCCAGCGGAUAUCAAGACGGGGUUUUAUCGGCUCAUGAUACUACAAAGGUCAAACUGUAAUAUUGUAAUAAAACUAUAGACGGCGAGAAUAUAGAAAUAGAAGAUGUUGCUUAUAUUACCUUCCAUAGAGCCAGGCACC